AAAGAAAAGACGUGCAUCUUGGUGCUGCGAAACAAAAAUUUAACUUUGCGGAAAACGGAACUCGUGGAGCGUAAAAGUAGUCCCGGCGGGGCGGGGCUGUGACCCCUGACGUCGGCGGCGGGCGCGCAGUUCGAGUCGGCCCGGGGCGGGAUGUGGGCGCGAGUCAACCGGGCGGCGGCGGACUUCUACGCCGGCCUGCUGCAGGUAUUUAAUGAAGAAAAGAAAGGAACCUGUAAGGACCCAUUUUUCUAUGAGGCUGAUGUUCAAGUGCAGUUAGUCAGCAAAGGCCAACCAAACCCUUUGAAAAAUAUCCUAAAUGAAAAUGACGUUGUAUUCAUUGUGGAAAAAGUGCCUUUAGAAAAGGAAGAAACAAGCCAUGUUGAAGAACUGCAGUCAGAAGAAACUGCUAUUUCCGAUUUCUCUACUGGUGAAAAUGUUGGGCCGCUUGCCUUGCCAGUUGGGAGAGCCAGGCAGUUAAUUGGACUGUACACCAUGGCUCACAACCCUAAUAUGACCCAUUUGAAGAUUGAUCGGCCAGUUACUGCCCUUCCUCCUCUUUGGGCAAGAUGUGACAGUUCAGAUCCUGAAGGUACCUGUUGGCUAGGAGCCGAGCUUGUCACGACAAGCGACAGCAUUACAGGCAUUGUCCUGUACGUGGUCACUUGUAAAGCUGAUAAAAAUUAUUUCAUAAAUCUUGAAAACCUAAAAAAUUUGCACAAGAAAAGGCAUCAUGUGUCUGCUGUCACAACGAGAGGCUUCGCCCAGUAUGAGCUAUUUAAGUCCACCGCCUUGGAUGAGACCUUUGCCACAUCACAAACUACAAUCAUUUUGGAUAUUUCCUGGAGUCCUGUGGACGAGAUUCUUCAAAGCCCUCCACUCUCUUCGACUGCCGUUCUGAAUAUUAAAGUGGAGUCGGGAGAGCCCAGGGGUCGUCUGAACCAUCUUCACAGAGAGCUGAGGUUCCUCCUGGUGUUGGCUGAUGGUUUGAGGACUGGUGUUACCGAGUGGCUCGAGCCUCUGGAAGCAAAAUCUGCUGUUGAACUUGUACAGGAAUUUCUGAACGACUUGGAACAGCUGGGUGGAUUUGGGGAUUCCACGAGAAAGGACACAGAGAGCGUGAAGCCCGACACUGCCGCGGUGGACAGGUCUGUGCUGAUCACGGUGCGCGGGGACCUCGACUUCGCUGAGCAGCUGUGGUGCAAGAUGAGCAGCAGUGUGGUUUCGUAUCAAGACUUGGUGAAGUGUUUCUCGUUGGUCAUCCAGAGUCUACAGCGUGGUGACAUCCAGCCGUGGCUCCACAGUGGGAGUAACAGCUUACUGAGCAAGCUCAUCCAUCAGUCCUACCACGGCACCAUGGACACAGUUUCCCUCACAGGGACUAUUCCACUUCAGAUACUUUUGGAAAUUGGUUUGGACAAACUAAAGAAAGAUUAUAUCAGUUUUUUCAUAGGUCAAGAACUUGCAUCUUUGAACCAUUUGGAAUACUUCAUUUCUCCAUCAGUAGAUUUACAAGAGCAGGUUUAUCGUGUCCAGAAGCUCCACCAUAUUCUAGAAAUAGUAGUCAGCUGCAUGCUUUUCAUUAAACUUCAACAUGAACUUCUCUUUUCUCUGACACAAUCCUGCAUAAAAUACUAUAAACAGAAUCCUCUUGAUGAGCAACACAUUUUUCAGCUACCGGUCAGAGCAGCUGCCAUAAAAAACUUAUACCAAAGUGAGAAACCACAGAAAUGGAGAGUGGAAAUAAACAGCGGUCAGAAGAAGGUCAAAACUGUUUGGCAGCUGAGUGACAGCUCACCUGUAGACCACCUGAGUUUUCACAGACCUGGUAAUGACUUUUCUGAGCUGACACUCAACGGCAGCCUGGAGGAGAGGGCGCCCUUCGCCAGCAUGGCCACCUGCAGCCAGGUGCACUUCAAGUAG